UGAGCGCACACACACACACACGAGUCGUUGUUAGCAUCGAAUUCAUUUUCCGUGGUCUAUGAUUGGACAUUGACGCAAUCACUAAAAAGUUUCGACACUAUGCAAGUAUCUCCGAUGGGAAUUCACGAGGUUGAGUAACUGGCCAAUUCGAUUAACGAGUUGUCGAGAAUGCUGGAACAAAUUAGACGUCGAAGAUGCCAAAAGUGGAAAGAUCUCGGAAUCCUGGAAAGAAAAUUCUCAAUUUGUUUUCCCUCAUUCUCCGUUCGCCGAUUAUAACGAGCGUUGGCCAACCGCGUGCGCCUCGCGAUAAGAAGUGGGAGGAGCGAGCGAUAACGCGAGCGCCUGUUCGGGAAGCGGAAAUAGCGAAAAUCCCACCCCGGGUUGGAGCUUCGCGACGCACGGGAUUGGCUGGCACUGUUCAAUAAAAAUCUCUUUUCACCAUUCAACCAAAGAGAAAAACGGACGAGAAGUUUUCUCUUCAGAAUUUCGCGAGCUGCCUUCCACAUAAAUCUGCGCUCUUGCGGAGCAGCUCACGGAAAUACUUGCAUAACGUACACGCGUAAAUGCGGUCGUGCCUUCUGUUGGCUAUUUUUCAUAUUUUCACUGAAUUUUAUGAACGCUCUCUUAAGCAGAGAGGAAAAAUAAUUUCGACGAGUCAUAGUCGCACGUGUUCGCCUACUUUGCUUCCUCUUCGUCAAUUAUUUUUGUUUGUUUUUAUACGAAAAGUGAGAAAAUUAGGGAAUGCGAAGGGUGAUCGUGUUUGUAAAUAGGCCGAGCGUCUUAUCGCGUGAUUCUCGUGUUCCACGUGCUUCAAUUCUUCGGGUUCUUGCUAUUUUUAUUCUCUUAUUUUUCUUCAAAUCAGUACUGAAAACUCGAAAAAGCAGCAGGAAAUACACAGACUUAAUAAUCGACAGCGCAGCCCCUUUAUCGCUAAUACUAACCAUGCUUCCAACUGUCAUUCCACGCUGAAUAUUUCGAAAGGGAAGGAGAGUCGAGCCGGUAGGGCCCUAAUGUAUCGACUCGAAAGUUCAAGAGCCAAAAUAGUUGUUGCUCGAUGUGCGACAUCUGACUUUGAAACAAAAGAGAUUAUGGAUCGCUAUGUUAAUGAAAAAGGAAAAUCGCACACGCGUCGGAUCGCGAUUGGAAUGGGGCUAAGGCUGGGCGGAAGGGAGAUCGGUACGCGUUUACGUGCCGAGCAUGGAAGAAAAAGUGGCAAAGAGUUUAACUGCUUGGCCAGUUCUCCCCGAUAGCGAGCAAGAGUGAAAGCGUAGCAAAAAUAUUUUCCCCGAGAGGGGCUGCGCGGAGGAGUUUAUGGGGAGGAAGGGGGAGGAAAAAAUGUUAUGGGGGCCUGAGCGAUCGGCGAACUUUUCUCUCGCGUUGCCUGCGCGGCUGGCGUGUGAGGCCCUGUCGAUAUCUCGAGACGAUUCGAGCUACCGUUUUAAAUGCUUUCUUUCUCUCUCGCUCGUGAGAGAAAUCUGGCGCUUCCGUGUCGAUGUGAAAAACGGCGAAGGCGCCCCGCGCCUUCAUUACUGAUUAAAACCAAAUUGUUCUUCCUCUUGGCACGGAAAUGUACGAGCGGCGAAAGAGGCUCGAGGAGAUCCGGGCUCAAGAAGCUCCGAACUUUCAUCCCGAUCGAAUAUUCAAAUUUUUACUUAUCAUUUAUUACCGUACUUUCGGAAAUGCGCACUUUAAAGGCCAACGUUGUUUUGCCUUCCUUUCUACGUCCCAUUACCUGAAAAGUUACCGAUCCCAAGUACCCCCCCAGUGGCGAGAACGCACUUCUCGCUUCGUGCAUUUUUCACUCGUUUUAUCGCAAACGAGAACGUUUAUUGACGUCCAAAGUGUGCGUGCGUGUUUACGUUACACGGGCGAAGAAAAAUGUGAAAGCAAUGUCGCUACACACUGAAUUUAUAGUCAUGACAAAGAAUUGUGAUGUAACGAAGAGAUGAAAUAUCAUUAAAGAGCCAUUACGAAUGACAUUCGAUAGCAGACUUCCAUCCUCAUUCGCUCACGUUAAUUCCUCUUGUCGCGAAUGAAUAUUUCUCGACCGUGAUUUUUCUAUCCCUCAAAAUCGCUGAGCCUCGUUAUUUUCCUUUUUCUCGACCUCCGCAGCUUCGAAUCUUGCUUCAUCUUCGUCGUUAAAAUUGUCAUCUCAAAUCGUUUCACGUUUGCACGGUUAGUGACAAAUUCUCAUUCGCCCGCGAGCACACUAGAGUCAAAAACGUGCGGUUUCCGUCGAUUCGCAACGCUUCGAUGAGCAUUGGAUAAUAAGUUCAAUCGCAGCCUCGUAUUCGAAACGCAGAGGCGAUCAAAACCACUUGCAAGUGAGAGAUCGAGGCUGGACCAACUCCUCGAGCACGGCUCCGAAGAUUGCGGAGAACUUUAGUGCCGUUGACGUUGUUGCUUUAUCCCACCACGAGAGUUGCGGCUCUCCCGCACCUUCACUUCACCAAGAGCUCGUAGUAUAGAGCAGUCUCGGUAGCAAAGCAGCCAAACAGCACCGGAGCAACGUCACGCUAUACUAAGUUGUGCCGCUGACCCAAAUGAAUCCUUCCACCAGCGAGUUAGUCCCCGUCCGGGCUUCUCCGUGGUAAUAUGCUCGAAGCGGCAGGCUCGAAGCGCGCUUUUCACACGAUAAAAAUAUUAUAAACUAAGAAAGUAGGAUUUAAAUUUCGCCAAACAAAUACAACGAUAAAUUCCAACGAAGCGCUCGAUCGCGAUGAACAAUUCCGGUUUCAUCGGAAUCUCGGGUUAUUUAAAACUCAAACGCAACGACCAAAAGUUGUUUUAAACAUUGUCAUUCGAUCCGGUGAUCCAAAAUUCUUGGCAUUAUGCAGACCCCCCUAAAACUCUUCGCCAUCGAUCUAGUGACGAAAUCCUCUCCGAAACGUGCGAACUGAAAGGAAAAAUGUUAUUUUGAGUUCUGCGAGACGAAGAAUUUUUAUUCGCAACUGAUGAACGAAGAAUAAAUUGUGUGCAUUGGAUUCGUUACAUUUUUCUUGAUUCUCGAUGUACGCGAGAGAUUUAUCGUUAGAGGAGAAAUGAUUGAUAGAAAUUCUGGAAUAAAUAGAAGCAUAAAAUAGGCUGGUGAAAAGAAGAAGGAAAAAAGCACGGAAAGUGGGAUUCAAAGUGGGGAAAAAGAAAUCAGUGGACUGGCUUUGUGUGCACGUGCAUUUCGAUUUGUUUACUAUCAACCGGAAGCUUCUUUCCUUUGUUUAAACGUUGGAAAGAGGAGAUGAAAGUCGUUGCGCGGAGUUUCCGAUCGAAAAUCAUCUGGCGCUGGUGCACAGCUUCUUCUCAGCUGGCUGCAAAUCUGCGUGAAUAAAUAUUUAUAAAUCUGAAAAUACAUGUGUCAAUGUUGAAAUACGAAGCGCGGAUAUAUUGAUGCUCGAGUCGCUGGAAAUAAAAUUCGAACGAGUUAAAACGAAGGAGAAACAAUUUUUGUUUGCCCCCGAGUGUAAUUGAGCUACGAAAUCUUCCAAUUGUCCUCGCUGUACGUCUAAACACCGCAGCAUUUUUACGGAUUGGGAACACGUGCGAAGUUUUUCAUUCUCGAAAUAGCGAUGUCGCUAGGUUCAAAAGCUCGCACUCUGCUGCCCAUCACUCGCAGUCAUUAACACUCAACAUCCAAGAUGCGGAGCGAGGUGGGUGAAUGGCUGGCAACGUGCGUCGGUUCGCCAAUCUGCAUUCUUCUGCUGUCGUGGUCCCUGCUCAUCUACCAGAACCAGGCGUCGUCCUUGAAGCGCAGAAUCGAUGUGCUCUCGUCGGCCAUUCUCGCCCAGAGUCUUGCUCAUCAAUUGGGACUUCUUUUAUACGCGAUUUUGACGCUCAUUAGGCCGACCAAUCAUUUUGGUGAAAUCUGCUCGUCGCUCGUCUGGAUUCUCAACUCUUCGAGCAUUCUCCAAGAACUGACGUUGACUUCGAUCGCGAUAUUCGCUGCGAUCGGCAAGGACGAAACGUGCUUAACGAAAAACCACAUAAAGUAUCAUUUGGUUAGUCUCAGUGUGGUUAGCGCGUGCAUAGGGAUAACUGGUGUUUUGAACUUCGAGCCGGAAGUAUGUGUUUUUCUGGCUCACGAAGUGUCCAUCAAGUAUGGAAUUUUUGUAAAUUCUCUUCGUGCUUUGCUAUGCCUGGCCACGACGUUCGGACUUUUCACGUCACUCUUCCGCGACGCCUGUCGCUCACCAAAAGCCGAGCUGCUCAAAUCCGUUUCCGACCUUUCGGAAGCCAGCUCGAAAAACUCCUCCGGAGCUUUCGAGUGUCACCCGCAAAAUUGGGAUCCGUCCAGCGGCUCAUGCACCAGUGGAUCAACCAAUAGUCGAGCUUGUCUCAGGAAAAGGAAACCGCAUGUCGACGAAACUGGCGACAAAUCGACGGUCUACAGCAUCCUAUUCGUUUGCUACUUGUUUCACCAUCUACCUGUUCUGAUCGUCUCGAUCAGGCCGGAUCUUCUGCAGGAUUAUUGCUCACCACAAAAUCUUGCAAUAUGGUUGCCCCUCAUCAAGGAUGUGCUUCUGCCAAUUUUCUUGGCGAUAUUCGACAAAAUGUUUUGCCGAUACGUCGCCAAAGUUUACACGAAGCACGACAACUCUCAGAAACUUGCGCAUUGCGGACUGGACGGGAAGUUCAGGCACUUCGAACAGGACGCCGAAUACAAGCUUCAACUAAACUUGAAUCAUGGUCUCAAGUUUCCACUCACAAAUGGCAGCCUUUACGGACGAUUGCAUAAUCAUCAUAAUCGAACGCGCACUGGCACGAUAACAAUGGGCACUCAACAUUAUCCGCAUCGCGCUCAAUCGGUCGCCGAGGAUAAUGCGUACGCUUCGUUGCCAGCGGAAUUGACUUCGUUCACAAGUUCGACUUUCGAGCCCCGUCACAAACGUCAUCACAAUCAUCACCAUCACCACCAAGAAAUGGUGAAGAGUGGAUCGAGUCCGAGGGAGCACGCGGCGCAGCAGCGACUGAUGCGUCUGAACGAGAAUUUGGAAUUCGCAAAUCGUCGAAAAAUCGGUAGCACCGACGUUUUCGGUCAGAACAUGGAAAAUUUGGUGCAACUAGAAGAUCCGAUGAAGCGAAAAUUCGCGAAAAGUCUCGACGAGAUCAGGGAAGAAAGUGUUCACGGUAUUUGUGGGGCAGCACGUCGCCAGGUCAGAAGUUCAUUGGGCAUGGAAACCGGCCCAAUAGAGAAGUUUCCGGGCUCCUCGACCUGUCGAAAAGAGGAAAGAGAGUCGACGAGAAAUGUCGUCCGAAGAAACCAGAGUUUCGACCACGCCAAGUAUCCCCACAUUGGCCUCGACUCUCGCACGUACGAUAUCCGGAGCGAUUUUCUGCUGCGGGCCAGAGAGCAACAACAGCAAAAUGGCGCGGAUCCUUCGCGUCUGGGUAGCGUCGAACAAGAAAUCGGUUAUGAGACCUCGGACGACGAGAGCUGCGACCUUGACAAUGGCGACUUCGACGACACGAUGAGCUCGUGCAAGAGUCGCAGCCGGAGCUGCUGCUCCGUCACAACCGUCGCCAAUGACGACUUUGAAUUCUUUCAGCGAAAGGGUACAAAGGUCGAACUUCUGGCAGGAUCGAAGCGUGCACCUUGCAGCCAAGAAGUGAAGGUCAACAUGCGUUCUUUUACGCCGAAGAUAAUCGAGAACAAUUGGAGCUGCGAGGAGAGCACAUUGGCGAGUCGCAACAAAAAAAAUUGUCAAACGGAGGAGGCGAUCGAGAGUACAAAACCAACGAUACAAUCGUAUCGUUUGAAAAAAAUCAGCCCGGGAUACUCGAUGAACGACCUUGACAAAGUUUAUCCGAAUAAUAAACUGCCAAACCUGUCCAUGGACAGUCUUAAAAACGCGUUAAAAAAUACAGGGCUCAGUUACAUGGACAACGGGGACGUAUGCAAACACGAGAUUGGCGGUUCGGUGCCAGAUUUGAAAAAGAUUUUCGUCACCGACUUCAUUUGAGUCGAUUCUUUGAUACUCUUUUUUCCUCCUUUUUUUAUUCGACGAAUAUUUAUUUUACGAGCAAUUGGUGCGAAAUAGUUCAUUACACGAUUGUGUAAUAAACUACGAAAUAAAAAAUGCUCUCGUUCAUUGAAUUACGAACAAGGGGAAUGUAAAAAUUGUAUCGUAAGAGAACGACUAAGAACCUGUCACUAAUAUCGAUCAAAUUUCAUCUCAUGUAUCAUAUUACGUUUUACCUGAAUUAUUAAUUGUUCCCGAUAACAAUCACAAUUGUAAAUAAUUGUUGUAAAUUUGUAUGGUAAUAUUUAAUAAAAUUCAAUGAAUGUACAAUACUAAA